AUGCCUUUGUAUGCCAGACCUUUUGGACAUUACGGUCGUAAUAUUUCUGGUGGGAAGGAAAAAGUGGCGGUUCUUAUAUUUAACGAUAUAAACGGUGAUAUAAUUGGACCAACUUUCUAUCCUACAUCACUAGUGCUUUAUUUCCUCGUACUAUUAGUUUUACAGUUGGUUGUGACUGUGUCCGUGGCUGUAAUGAUAAUUGUGUAUGUGCUUAAUGGAGGUGAUUUUGCAUACGAUAAUCAGGGACAUCUGGUGAGAGGAAAGCCUGUAGUAGUUGAAUGCGGUCUAUUGAAACGAGCUGGGGGUGCUAGAUCACUGGAUCUGAUUCAAGCCGGGUCUUUUACAUGCGAAUAUGCUAGAAUCGUUCUCACAAAGAGGCAAUCCCAGAUAUUCUCAAUGAAUGAAGGAGAUAAUUUGAUACAUCCAGAUCGAUUCGGUAAGAGAUGGAUGGAAUGGGGCAAUUUGUCGGGUACUAUCCGUUAUUGGAUUUUGAUCUUGAUAUUUCAAGAUCCAGAAAUCUGGCUUGCUAUAUCAGCCGACUACAACAACUUAUAUUAUCCACGCCUUAUGUUAUUUGCAUUGGAGACCAUCCCUCCAAUGCAACAGCUGACUCUUGAUUAUGAUGUGGCUCAGACUUAG